UAAGAGAUCGGCGUUUUAUAUGAUGUCCACAAAGAAAGUCCAAGAAACAGCCCCACCAACGCAAAACAAAAGUAGGCUUCAGCUUCCAGCAUGAGUGGGGUGCUGGCUUCCUCAUCCUUCAGCUUCUCUUCUCUUCACUCCAAUAACCAUAAUCCCAUUUUUAGCUAUAGACUUUACCCGCUUAAUCCCGAAAUCCCGUCUUUACCGGUUGCAAAGCUCAAGAAACAAUUGGGUUUUCGAUUUGAAACUCCGACGAGACAACCCCAUGGAAUCAGCGUCCGAUGUAACAGCAGCACCAGACCCGGCGGUCCUGGUUCCGGUGAUAAUGAGAGCAGAAGUGUUAUGGACGCGUUUUUCUUGGGAAAGGCUCUAGCAGAAGCAGUUAAUGAGCGUAUUGAAUCUACAGUUGGGGAGUUUUUGAGUGCAAUUGGUAGGCUGCAAGCUGAGCAACAGAGGCAAAUUCAGGACUUUCAGGUAGAUGUGCUGGAAAGAGCCAAAAAAGCCAAGGAAAGUGCAGCACGGGAAGCCAUGGAGGCACAAGGACUAGUUCCCAAUGCUACUGCAGUUGAUCUAAAAUCGGGGAACAAUGGCGUUAACUCAGAAACUUCAUCAACAACCACCAAUGUUGCCACUCCUGCAAAUUCAUCCUCAUCUUCAAAUUCAACUGUUGUCACUCCUGCUGAGACGGGUCGAGGUCCUGCUGCUAAAGGCCCUGCUUUUGGGGUGACAGAUGAUGACUGAAGUUGGUAUCUUUAUGCUCUGCAUAUCCUAUAUUUUCCACUAGAUAAAUAAGGCAUGAAGGCGGGUCAUCCUCAAGAGAUUUACAGUUAAUAGCUAUGCCUUGGUUGGUUCAAAUGGAUUAUUUCAUGAGAAGACAUUAUCCUUGGAAGAAGAUUAAUAUUAUUCCACAUGAAAGUUGAAAGCUAUCAACUUCACUUCAGUAUUGCUUUCACCUGCUGGAUGUGAAAUUUGUGAUCACUUGUUGGCUUUCUUUUGUUUUAGGAAAUGAAUUGGAAUGGAAUAGGGAGAGGAGUACACUGAAAUUGGCAUUUUUAGCCAUGGUUUAAAUUUUAAAUGAAAAAGUUAUUUUGUAAUAGAUACACUACAAAUCUUUUUUAAUUAAAAUUUUAAAUUUUUAACGGUUUA